CCAAGUUAAAUGUCAUUUUGUAAUAGAAAAAAAGUUAUUUAAUUACUAUUUAACACGAAAAUGAAAAACAUAUUUUAUAAUUAAUAAAAAAAAAUGAUUUUUUUGAUAAGUAAAGUGGGGAUUUUUAUAUCAGCAAAGCUAUUACACAUUGAGGUUAUGUGAAUGAACUCGUAAUGUCACAAAAAAGUCAAUGAGUAAAAAUUAAUGUUUAUCAAAAAAUUAUUACACGAUGUCGACUAAUGAAACUGGUAUCGAAAAAAAUGAAAACGUUGAAAGUGAACCUCCAGCACCCAAGAAGCGAGGAAGGAAGAGAAAAUCGGAAACUACUGUUAAACAGUUUGAAGAGAAAAUUAUUGAUACAAGUCCAAACGAAGAGACUGUCUCAAGAAGGGGACGCCGACGUAAAAAAGUGAAUUAUUACGAAUUAGCCAAUCCAGAUAAUUUGGAUUAUGCAUUACCUGUUCAAACAGAUAUAAACUAUUUUAAUAGUGAAAAUGAAAAAAUAAAAAUUAACAAAAAAAAAGUUAAGGAAAGUUACAGUAAAUCAGAUUUUUCAGAUAUUUCUUUUGAUAAAGAAGUAUUAGCAAAUCUAAAAGAAGAAGAGAAUGUUUUAAGGAACGAUGAAUCGCAAGAGGAUCUAUUUAAAUCAACAAAUGGCAAAGGGGAUGAUAGUUCAAUAAAAGAUCUGAUCCUUGAUGAUUCCACCACAGAUUUUGAACCAACAACAAGCAAUCUAAAUACUAAAGAUAAAAGAUACAACUAUACAGGAGAGACUGUGAAAAUGAUGAAUAAACUGUUUAGUCUAUUUUCAAACACUAGUGAUGAUAUGAGUACAAAAAAUAAUACUAGGAAUGGUAAUAAUUUGCCAAAUAGUAGUAAAAGGUCACACAUAAAACAAAAAAAAGAAAAUACAAAAGAGGAAGAUUUAGAUGACGGUAGUGGCAACGUCACUUGUGCAGUUUGUAAUACCACAUUUGAUAAAAAUAUAUGGAGCCACCAUAAACAAAGAUAUCAUAAUAAUUUAGCAUGGCGGGUUGGAGAUACACCCUUAGAUCUAAAUGACCAGUCUUUUGUAAUGCACACGCUCAACUCGUUGUACAAGAAAAAGAAACCUUUAUAUUGUGAUAAAUGCGGGGAAGUAAAAAAAUCAGUGGUUGGGUUUUUAUCUCACCGUUCCCAAUGCUUAAAGUCAGAAGAACAACUUGAAUCUGUUAAAAUUUCUUGUGAAUUAUGCGGCAGAAAAAUGUUACCAGUGAGUCUARCAACUCACAUGAAAAUGUUACAUCAAAAUCCGGAAAAAGAAGACGUUCCUGAAAAACCAAAAAAUAACGUUGAAAAACCGCUUCCUUCUAAAAGAAGUGCAGCAAAAAAAGCAAUGARAAUUAUAGAAAAUGUCACAAAAAUUGAUAACAAGGACCAGUAUUUUUCAUCAGAUUUAGAUUUAGGAUCACAACAAUUUGCCAAGGAUUUAAUGCAGAAAGAAUUAGACGAGACACAAUUUAUAGAAUGUAAAUUUAAGUGUAAUUGUAUUACAACAAAUCUGGAGGAUGCAUUGAAUCACUUGAAUGAAUGUACGGAAAAGUUGAGUGAGGGUUUUGUUUGUAAGCAAUGUUUGUCGAUUUCAACGAAGUUGGAAGACAUUAUUUAUCACAUUGAAUUUGCUCAUGAAAUAAAUGUAACAGUUGAUGGCGAUUCUAACUCUAUAGAGAAAGAAACUAGCAAAAUUCCCUUAUAUUUACAAAGCCCUGUGAAAAGAACAGGAAAAUGCCUGUUUCCGUUUGCUUUUGAUUGGACUUUCAAAUUUUGUGAAGAAAAUUUCUCCAACCUUCUUUUUCAAGAAUUUAAAUUUAGUGAAACUAAUUGGCCGCUCCUCAAACCGGAAAUGGCCACCCACUAUUUACCCAAACUCGAUGAGUCUUGCGACGUAGCCCAAAUUCACGUAACAACUUUCAUAAGUACACAAAAAGACUCUUACACAUACAGAAAAUACAAAUUAUUUGAAUCGAAAAUUCACGGUGAUCACAAACUCACCCUGUUUUGUGGAGGCCCCAUAUCAUCAAUGGCAUGGUUGCCAACCCCUUGUACGUCUUUAGAAACCAAUCAGAUUCUAGCCGUUUCGGUACUUAACUCUCCUGAUGAAAAAUACGAGACUUAUGAGAAUUAUGAAGUGAAAUCGGCGAUCCAAUUUUGGAAUUUUGGUCAGCUCCGAAAUACGGAAGCGUCGCUGCAAAAACCUGAACUAGUUUUUACUUUAGCUCAAGAUUAUGGCCCUGUGUGGCAUAUGGAGUGGUGUCCUUCAGGGUGUUACAACUAUGAAGAGGGAAGAAAUGGGCGUAUGGGACUUUUAGCAGUGACAGGGUCGAAUUCAGUUGUUUAUAUUUAUUCAAUCCCGUUUUUUAAUACGCAGGAAUUAGGUUUGUUUUAUAAACCUAGACCUGUAAUGAAAUUAUUAUUACAGAGACCUGGUAAUUCGUUACUAGGUGGACUCAAGUAUUAUCCUUGUAGAAUAUCAUGGAGUAAAUCUUCUGGUCAUAAUUUUAUAGCUGUGGGUUACACAAAUGGUUUUGUUGCUCUUUUUAACCUUAAAACAAGUUCUGUACUAUUGAAAUAUAAUGACGAUGAUAGCAUUCCGUGCAUUUUGCCCCAGAAGUGCUUCCAGGCGCAUUCACACACCAUCACUGCUCUUUCUCUCUACCACCUUAACGGGGGCUGCCGUUGGUUACUCUCCGGGUCAAUGGAUCGCGCUGUGAGUCUUUGGGACCUGGAUAAUUACAGUUACCCCAUCUGCACGGUCAAAAAAAACGUAAUUACUGAUGGUUUUUGGUUUAAUAAUUGGUUAUGCUAUGUGAUAGCAUCUGAUGAAGGGUCAACUUCAGCACAUGUUACAACAAUGCUGAAACAAUCACGUGACUACAUGUACGACCCUAAUAUACCACUAACUUGCUCGUCAUCUACGAUUUCGACAAUCUCGGGCAGUGAUUGGCUGAAUGGCCUUCUGCAUGCGAACGCUGUAGGCGAGAUUGUAGCACUUUUCCCUCAUCAGUUACUGCACACACCUGAACAUCAGAAAGUUCUAAAGACGAAACGAAUGUUGUUUGGUUACACCACCCUAAUUGAGAAAAGCAAGUCGAGUGAAGAAAGAGUUGCCAAUGAAAAAAUCCGGAAAAAGACUUUACAGAAUUUGUUGACGAAAAAAUUGACAGCUGGGGUUAAAUUGUCUAAUAUUAAGUCGGAUUUUGACCACAAUGAUCUGUUUAUGAACGAGCCUGUGUUGUAUGAAGAGGCCGAGCAGAAAUACGCUUUGUUGUUUUGUGAUAAUAAAAUGGAAACUUACGAUGAUUUUCCUAAAAAUGUGGCAAAACAGUUAAGUGCACUAUCGAAAGAUUACGGAAUUACGCCACCAAAUCAGUAUCCUUUAAAUACAAUAAACAAAAUUGUGUUCAAUCCUAAUAGACAAGCGAGUUUAUAUUACGCAACGGGAUAUCAAGCCGGGUUUGUAAGACUUAGUUGGAUGCAGUUUUUAAAAAAUGACCAUCAGAUCAAAUGAAAAUUUUAGAGAUGUCUUUUUAUAUACACAUAUUGUAUAGGUUAUUGUAAUUUAUUUUGUAAAUAAAUUUUUGGAACUGUUA